AUUUCCGCCGUUGAUUCGCCGUCUUCCCUGAUGUUCCCGAACUGGCUUCAACUGCGAAGAAGACGUCACGAAAUCUCGCCGGACUCGCCGAGAUGGUCGAGACGUUUCUCAUGUUCAUCUUUCAAAGACAUUGAACACCUUCUCUACGACGAUGUUCCCUCGCCGGAACCCUAUUCUCCGAGACUUCAAAUCCUCCAUCAGCCUCGGAGCCCGAGGAUCGACGGUAGUAACUCACCCGCCAAUUUCGUCCCGCCGCCGCCGCCGACGACGACUCUCUUCUCCGUCGUGGAUAUCCCCAACGCCGAUCACGGAGGCGUGGUUCUCUACUAUACCAGCCUUCGAAUCGUACGGAAGACAUUCGAGGAAUGCAGAUCCGUGAGAUCGAUUCUCCAUAGGAUCCGAAUCCCAAUCGACGAGCGAGAUCUAUCGAUGGAUUCGAGAUUUCACGACGAGUUACAGACGAUUUUCGGAACGAGGAGAGUUGCGUUGCCUAAGGUUUUCAUCGGCGGGAGAUACAUCGGAGGGACGGAAGAGAUCAAGCAGUUACAGGAGAGAGACGAGCUGAGGAAACUGAUCGGCGAAUUACCACCGUCGGAUGGAAAAAAAAUCGGCGAGAUCUGCGAUUUGUGCAGAGGAUGGAGAUUCGUUCUGUGUGAGAGGUGUAAUGGUAGUCACAAGAUCUUCUCUGAGAAAUCUGGAUUUAUUAGCUGUACGGGUUGCAAUGUGCAACGUCUGGUUAGGUGUUCGUUGUGCUUUCCGGUGCACCGGCGACGGAACUCUGAUUUCUCCGGUGGAUUUAAAAGUAAGAAUUGAAAUGUAUUUUUUAUUUUUAAACGCCUAAAGAAAAGGUAAUAAGUGAAUUUUUAGGAAGAGUCAAAAUGUUUGACUGCUCUUUUUAGUUUAACCAAAAAAAAAAAAUCUAAUGUUUGACUAGC